CCGCCUCCUCUUCCUCCUCAGCUGGAAUUGUUUAUAUUUUCCGUCGUUGGCCUUUGUCGUUACCGACCGUGGGACGCUCCCAGCCGCGGCGGGAAAGGGGAAAAACCGAGGCGGAGCGGCGGCGGGAGGGGCGCCGCGGAGCAUCUCGGGAGUUGUAGUUCCGUGCCGUCGCGGCGUCUGCGCUUUACGGCAGGACGUGACGGUGAGGGGGAGCGACAGCUGAGCGCGGGAGGUCUGGGAGCAUCCGGCCCCGGGACGCGGAGCAGCAUCAGCAUGCCCUGGCCUCACCUCCUGGGAUGAACCUGUACGUGCGGCUGUUCCGCAGGGCCAGGAUGCUGCCCCAGCCCUGGCGCUGCUUCUCGCGGGCCGCGGAGGACCUGGCGCUGCAGAGGAUCCGCAAGGUGCUGUGCGUGGCCGAAAAGAACGAUGCUGCCCGAGGCAUCGCGGAGCUGCUCUCCAACAGGAGGAUGCGGCGGCGAGAAGGGUUUUCCAAGUUCAACAAAAUUUAUGAAUAUGACUACCAGAUGUUUGGCCAGAACGUUACCAUGGUGAUGACAUCCGUGUCAGGACAUUUACUGGCUCAUGAUUUUAUCAUGCCAUUUCGCAAAUGGCAUAGCUGCAACCCUUUAGCUCUUUUUGAUGCUGAAAUUGAGAAGUAUUGCCCUGAAAAUUACCUGGAUAUCAAGAGAACCCUUGAACGAGAAAUCCAGCAGUGCCAAGCCCUGGUGAUCUGGACUGACUGCGAUCGAGAAGGAGAGAACAUUGGCUUUGAGAUCAUCCACGUAUGCAGAGCUGUAAAGCCAAACCUGCAGGUGUUCCGGGCGCGGUUCUCCGAGAUCACCCCUCACGCUGUCAGGGCAGCCUGUGAGAACCUCACCCAGCCCGACCAAAGAACCAGCGACGCCGUCGACGUCAGGCAGGAGCUGGACCUCAGGAUAGGUGCUGCCUUCACCAGAUUCCAGACUCUGAGGCUGCGGAAGAUCUUCCCUGAUAUUUUAGCAGAUCAGCUGAUCAGCUAUGGCAGCUGCCAGUUCCCAACACUGGGAUUUGUAGUUGAACGCUUUAAAGCCAUCCAGGCUUUUGUUCCUGAAGCCUUCUACAAAAUUAAAGUGACCCACGACCAUGAAGAUGGCAGCGUGGUCUUCAACUGGAAGAGGAACCGGCUCUUCAAUCACACGGCGUGCCUGGUCCUUUACCAGAUGUGUAUGGAGGAUCCGGUAGCGACUGUUGUUGAUGUUGUGAGCAAGCCAAAGAGCAAAUGGAGGCCCCUGCCCCUGGACACUGUGGAACUGGAAAAAUUGGCUUCCCGCAAACUGAAAAUAAAUGCAAAGGAAACAAUGACAAUAGCAGAAAAACUCUAUACUAAAGGGUUCAUUAGUUACCCACGAACUGAGACAAACAUUUUCCCCAAGGAGCUGAACCUCUCUGCCUUGGUAGAACAGCAAACACAGGACCCAAACUGGGGAGGGUUUGCACAGAGGAUUUUGGAUGAGGGUGGGCCAACCCCUCGGAGUGGAACCAAAUCUGAUCAGGCUCACCCUCCCAUUCAUCCCACAAAAUACGCCAGCAACCUGCAGGGCAAUGAGCAGAGACUCUACGAAUUCAUCGUGCGCCACUUCUUGGCUUGCUGCUCUCAAGAUGCCAAAGGGCAGGAAACAACUGUGGAGAUCAACAUUGCCAACGAGCAAUUCAUUGCUCAAGGACUCAUGAUCCUGGCCAGAAAUUACCUGGAAGUGUAUCCUUAUGACAAGUGGAGUGAUAAGGUUAUCCCGCUGUAUCAGAAAGGGUCCCGCUUUCAGCCCACCACGGUGGAGAUGGUGGAUGGGGAAACCAGUCCUCCCCUGCUCCUCACAGAAGCAGAUCUCAUUGCUCUCAUGGAAAAACACGGCAUUGGGACUGAUGCCACCCACGCCGAGCACAUCGAGACGAUCAAGACGCGGAUGUACGUGGGGCUUACGGCAGAUCAGCGCUUCCUGCCCGGCCAGCUGGGCAUGGGGCUGGUGGAAGGCUAUGAUUCCAUGGGCUACGAGAUGUCCAAGCCUGACCUUCGAGCUGAGCUGGAGGCUGAUCUAAAACUGAUCUGUGAGGGGAAGAAAGACAAAUCUGUAGUGUUGCAGCAGCAGGUCCAGAAGUACAAGCAAGUCUUCAUUGAAGCUGUGGCCAGAGCCAACAAGUUGGACCAGGCCCUGGCUCAGUAUUUGGGAGAAGCUGCAGAAGUUCCAGAACAGGAUGAGGUGUACCCAGCAACGCCCCUUUCUGUUCGGAAAUGUCCCCAGUGCAACAGUGACAUGGUCCUGAAGACCAGGAAGAAUGGCGGGUUCUACCUCAGCUGCAUGGGCUAUCCAGCCUGUAAAACUGCAGUCUGGUUCCCCGAUUUCGUGGUGGAUGUGACCAGGGAUGAGAGCAUCUGUGAUGUGUGUAAACCCCAUCCAGUUCACAGACUGAAGUUUAAAUUCAAGAAAGGCAGUGUACCCCCUGUGAUGCCCCUGGAGUUCGUUGGCUGCAUUGGAGGCUGUGAUGAGAUGCUGAAAGAGCUUUUGGACCUCAAGUACUUGCACAGAUCAUCCCAACCUGCAUCGUCCACCACCCAACCAGGGCAUCACCUACAGGCCAAUAACUCCCUGAACAGAUCCAGCAGUGAGACCAGGCAAGCCAGGGGGACCUCAAACCUGGCAAGGGGACACCUGCUCUCCAUCAACUCCUCCAGGACCCCCAGGGCUGCUCCUCCAGCUGCUGCAGACGAUGGCAACGCUGUGGUGUGCAACUGUGGGAGCGAGGCGCUGCUGCUGACCGUGCGCAAGGACGGCCCCAACAAGGGCCGCCAGUUCUACAAGUGCAGCUCCAGCACCUGCAACUUCUUCCUCUGGGCUGACGAGCAGCCACAGGACAGAGGCAGCUCCACGCUGCUCCAGCCCACUGCUGGCAGAAGCCCAGCGGGAUUCCAGCGGCCAGGAGGAGGGAGGGAGCCCUUGGGAAGCAGCAGCUCGGAGGCUGGAGGCGGUGGCGCGGUGUGCAGGUGCGAGCAGCCCGCGGUGACGCGCACCGUGCAGAAGGACGGGCCCAACAAGGGCAGGCAGUUCCACACCUGCCCCAAGCCCCGGGAGCAGCAGUGUGGCUUCUUCCAGUGGGCAGAUGAGAACGUGGCACCAGGCCCUUCUGGAGAUGACUCUUUGAACCACUAUGGCAGCAAUGGAUACUCCAGAGGGUUGGGGAGCAAGGCCAAGAGACCAGGCAAUCUCUCCUCAGCAUCUGCUGCCAAGAAGCCACGGACCUGCAGCAUUUGCCACCAGCCUGGGCACACAAGGAAAACCUGCCCUCAGAACCACUGAGCUGGGAUGGAGCUCUGAGAGCCUGCAAGGACCAGGGUUGUGAACCCUGCAGGAGCCACAAGGAACUGGACUUUGGGAACAAGUCCCUGAGUGUUUUUUGGAGGGGCUGGUUGCAGCCCGCUCCUGCCGAGGGAUGCCAUUUGUUUCAGCAAGGGUUCAACCAGCUUGGAAAAGUGGUUCCACUACCAGGUUUUGUUUCCAGCUGCUCUUCUGCUGAGCAGAUUGGGAAAGUCUGAACAUUUCAAGGAAGCACUUGGAAGCUGAGUCUGUGGAGAAAACUGCACUGCAUCAUCCCCUGCACCAUCCUGGUGUUGUUCCUGGCCUCUCCAUGCAGGGAAAAGCUGGAUCAGGGCCACGAGGACAGACACUAGGGCUGCCAAGCUCUGCUCAGUCCUUGGCUUUCCACAGUGGGGAAUUUAAGUUCCUUCUCAGUUGAUGUUACCUGAGCAACAUUCCAUGUUUUUGUCACCUUUACCUGGGUUGUCCCUGCCAGUGAAGGAGGGUCAGGUGCAGAGGAGUUGGAUCUGGGGCUUGCCCUGGGAGGAGCUCAGCUGCAGUCCUCAGGAAAAGCCCUCAUUUUAGAUGGUUCAUGAAUUUGAAGGCAAGUUCUUCCUCAGACUUUGAGACAUGCCUUUGUGAUGCUGCUAGCUGAUGAAAGUUAUUUUUGUCAAACUAAUGAGUUUCUUAUUAAAAUAUUAUUUAAAUUUUAAA